GGGAAGCCGAAGACGGUCCCGAGGGACCGACUGAGUAAGCGAACAAAUGAAUGAGUGAAUGGACGCACGGGGUCGUUGUUGCUGGGGAGACCAGAGCUGCCUUUCGGUCUCUUUCAAGAGACUCCAGAACAUUCUCCGCGCAGGAGUCCCUCCGGCCACUUCCCGCCCAGAGGAACAUCUUCACUCUUCAGGGGCGCAGGUGAGGACACAAAGGCCAAGAAAGCCAAAGUCACAGCGGGGACGGUGGCCGAGAGGCAGCGUGAACCUGGGUCUGGUGACAAGGAUGACCCAGCCCCACAAGUCAACAGCAGCAGGGUUGAGGAGCCCUAGGCGACAGGCAAGUUCUGGGGCCGCCAAGCCGGUCCAGGACCAGGAGCCCAGGGACUUGCCAAAGCGCAGCGCCGGGAGCCCUCAAAUUCCCGCCAGACCCCUAGCAAGGAAAGCCACCGGCUUCUGGAACGUCCGUUUCCAAGCGCCUGAUGUCGUGUGCACCCGAGGAGGACCCACCUCCCCUUUCGGGAUUCCGGACGGCGGGGGAGACGAGACUCCCAAGCCUCAGUCUACUCACACCUACUCGUAUCUCAUUCACAGCACCUUGUCCCUUCCCCGAAGCCCCGUGGCACCAGCCCACGCACCUCUGUUGCCAGACUGCCAAGGGGAGGCCCGUGGAGAGGCCGCGAGGCCGGCCUGUGCGAAUGGGCUAAGACGUUUUUCCGCGGAAAACCCCAGAGUCCGUUACCCAUUGUGUCAAGGAUGCGUUUGUGCACGCGGGGCCCGGGUCGCGAUACAAAACCUAAACGUCGCACUGGGGGUUGCAGACCUAAACGUGUGAGAAACGCUGGACGGCCCCCGUCGUCUGGCCCGACGUCUCAGAGGCGGAGCACCGGUAUUGACGGCGAGGCCAGGGAGCGUGGAGUUCCGGGAGGGACGGUUCUUUGAACGAAUGUCUGAAUCCUUUCUGAACUCCUCCUCUGGGGUCAGUUUUCUAAGGCCCCCAGGCUGUUGGGACAGCGGUACAUACGUGCGUGUAACAUACAGAUACCCAUGCUCUGGAAGCGGGUGCUAAAAGCGACCAUGUGGGGCGCCUGGGGGGCCCCGUCGGUGAAGCGUCCGACUUCGGCUCGGGUCGUGAUCUCGCGGUCUGUGGGUUCGAGCCCCACGUCAGGCUCUGUGCUG